GAUGGCUGCGCCCACAAAACGAAGAAGUUGUAAUAUUUUCCUUUAAAAGAAUUUACAAGAUGGCCUAUUUCCAAAGAGGACAGUCCUUCCUCGUCACAUCCUUCAGAACAAUGAAUGGAUUGAUAGGACGGUCGGCGUCGAGUGCGGUAGUCCGAACUCUCAGCACGAAAUGUAUAUCAUCGCCUCUGGCAAGGAGAAACAAUCUAAUACUGAACAGCAAGUCAAUUUGUAAGAGUUGCUGGAGCAACUUUGCAAGAUGUAGGGACACUCAAUCUGCACUCAACCCUAACCUACCGUGUCAAGUCAUUGUCAGAAAUAUCUCAUCAGGGAGGGGUGACUCAAGGAAAAGUAACAGAACAGCUGUACUGUACAUCUGUGCUAUUGGGAUCGGCAUGGUGGGAAUGGCGUAUGCUGGUGUGCCUCUCUAUCGGAUAUUUUGUCAGGCAUCUGGAUUGGGAGGCCAACCAGUUCGAGGACACGAUAUUUCAAAAGUUAGUGAUAUGGCGAAAGUUGAAGACAGAGUGAUACGAGUACAAUUCAAUGCUGACACGGCCUCAAGUAUGCAAUGGAACUUCCGACCACAGCAAGCAGAAGUGCGGGUUGCUCCAGGAGAGACUGCUCUUGCCUUCUAUACCGCUAAAAACCCGACAGAUAAACCAAUAACGGGGAUAUCUACAUACAAUGUAGUGCCGUUCGAAGCCGGCCAAUAUUUCAACAAAAUUCAGUGUUUCUGCUUCGAGGAACAGAGGUUAAAUCCUCAUGAACAGGUUGAUAUGCCCGUUUUCUUCUACAUUGAUCCAGAGUUUGCGGAGGAUCCAAAAGUGGAAGGUGUCGAUCGAAUAAUUCUUUCAUACACAUUUUUCGAAGCAAAGGAAGGUUUUGAGGUGCCGGUACCACCAUAUCUUCAACACUGGAGACAAACUGCUUGAUUGUGUGAUAUUUUAGAAAUACAUAUCUAUGUAGGAGUUCCCUUCUGUUUUCGGUGUAGACCAGCACUGAAUCAAAAACAAUGUUGAAUAAUGUUAGUGGCGUCUGCUUUUAGGUGAAGAAGCAGGCUAAUAAGCCUGCCAGCACUACCGUAAAAAGUUCUGAAGGUUAUAAUGACUUUCUCUCAUUGGAAUCGGGAUAAGAACUCAAGCAGACAUGGGGGAAGGAUUUUAUUUGGACUGUGAAUAGUAUUACUAUACUCAUCAAAGCGCAAAUUCAACUCAAGGUUGUAAAUUCUGUAUGUACCUAUUUUUAAUCUUGUCAUGAGGGUGGAAAUUUAGUCUGUAUGCUAAUUCACAGGCCCAUUGAUGCAAACAAAAAUAACCUUAUCAAGUAGGCCAUGAAUUUCUCACUUAAUCACUUGCAUCUAAAAUAGUGAGCUGGCCUUAUGUUUUGCUGACAUACUGACUAAAUACCUGUAUCCUUCCUCAUGUUCAUGAUAUGUUUGUGUCAAUAUCAUAAUGAUGAUGUAAAAGAUGUGAUGCCACUCUGAGUGAUAAAUUAUAUUUUAU